UAUUUUAUGAGCCCUAAUUGAAUAUUGUAUCACACAAAUUCUUCAGCCUCGCUCAAGGAAAAUCAGCUAAUUUCAGCAAAAAAAAAAUUAAAGUGAAUUUUGCAGAAAAAAAAUGGAGCAUGGUUCAUAUCAAAAUCCAAGUGCAUCAACAUUCUCAAUAACUGAGGAAGAUCACACCCUUGCUAAUUCCCUCAGACUAGUCCUUAACAAAGAUCCACGAGUAUCGUUUUGUGGGUACAGCAUUCCUCAUCCAUCUGAAGCCCGGGUAAAUGUUAGAGUGCAAACAACAGGUGAUCCAGCUGGUGAGGUGUUGAAAGACGGCUGUCAGAAUUUGAUUAACAUGUGUGAGCAUGUGAGAAAGACCUUUGAUGAUGCUGUUGACAAGUUCAAGAACAGCAAAGCUUCUGAUUCAAUGGAGGAUAGUCCAUGAGAUACUUGCAAAUAAUCAUGUUUCUUUUUCCUUCCUUGUAGCGCAAUUUUUGACUCAAAAAGUAGCUAAACAAGUAGUAGUAGUGUCAGAGACCAUUAUCAUGUUAAAAUGAGCUCUUUCAUUGUUCUCUCCGAGUGAAUGGGCAUUGAGAUUCUUGUAUGCUUUUUUAUACAUGAAAAAUGUAAUGUAAUUUUCCAAAGAAUUUGAUAAUUCUCCUAAUAGUUAUUCUUGAA